AUGUUUAUACUAUUUAUAUUUGUCUUAGCUUUAGCUAAAUUAUCUUCAAGUGCUCAGGUGUCUGGUAUUUUUACUGAGUUCAAUUCACUUACAUAUGAAAAUGCUGCCGAUUAUACUGCAACAUAUCCUUUAAACCCAAGUUGGGACGCAACUAUGUCUUGGAUCAUUGAUGGUUCCUUAGUAAAUGCCGGUGAUACUUUCACCUUAACAAUGCCUUGUGUAUUCAAAUUUACUACUGAUGAUACCACUAUUAGUCUUCAAGUUAACUCUGAAGUCUUUGCUACCUGUACCUUUAAUGAAGGUGACAUUAUUCUUUCUUAUUCAGAAUUGCAAUGUACUGUAGCUAGCAAUGUUGUUUCCAGUACUUAUGCUACUGGAACAAUUUCUUUUCCAUUUACUUUUAAUGUCGGUGGUUCAGCUUAUGCAUCCGAUUUACAAGAUUCACAAUGUUUCACCAGUGGUGUUAAUACUGUCUCAUUUUUGGAUGGUGAAAACUACCUUGAUACAACCGCUACUUUUGAUGCUGGUCCUCCAAUUCCACAAUAUUCUGCAAGUGACAUUGUUUUCUUAAAUAGACUUGUUCCUUCAAUUAGCAGACAAUUACAUUUUGUUGAAGCUGGUGAAUGUUCCACUGGUUAUACUUCAGGUACGUUAGGUAUUGAAGUUUCUAACGCUGCAAUUGAUUGUACUUCCUUUCAUAAUUACAUGAGUAAUUCAUUUAAUGCUUGGUACUUGCCAGAAACUGCUGAUGCUAUGCCAUCAUUUACUACUUCUUGUAGUACUAGUAGUUUAACUGUUACUUAUAAAAAUAUUCCUGCAGGCUACAGACCUUAUAUUGAUGCUUUACUUAAUCCAACUGGUGGUGAUGUUGAUGCAACCUAUACAAAUACCUACACUUGUGUCGGAUCCAGAUCUUCUACUAAUAAUGGUCUCACGAUCUCUUGGGGUAAUUAUGAAGAUUCUGGUGUAAGUGGUAACGGUAAUGUGGUUAUUAUCACCACUUCAACUUACGCUGGUGCCACUACUCAAGUUACCACUUUACCUUUUAAUACUGCUGCUGGUAAUACUAUAACCAUUGAAGUUCAAGUUCCAAUUCCAACUAUAACUACAACUAUCACUACUGGAUCCGAAUUAGCUACUUCUACUAUUUCUGCUGCUGAAGGAAAUACUGCUACAGUCAUUGUAGAAAUUCCUUUUAAUCCGACCAUUACGACUACCGAAUUUGGAAGUGUCACCGCGGUAUCAACAACCACAAUAACAAAUGGUCCUUUUCUGACUGAUAGUGUUGUUGUUUUUAUGCCACCAAACCCAACUACUACCGAAACCACACAAUGGACUGGUACAUUUGAUGAAACAGUGACUAUUUACAACGGUCCAAAUCAAAUUGAUAUUGUUCUCAUUGAAACUCCAGUUAAUCCAACUACUACUAUCACUACUCCAUGGACCGGUACUUAUACUACCACCACUACUGUUACUGAUCCAGUUUACGGUGACAACACUGUUAUUGUUCAAACUCCAGUUAAUCCAACUACUACUAUCACCACAUCAUGGGAUGGAUCAUUCAUCACCACCACUACUGUUACUGAUUCCGUUUAUGGUGACAAUACUGUUAUUGUUCAAACUCCAGUUAACCCAACUACUACUAUCACCACAUCAUGGGAUGGAUCAUUCAUCACCACCACUACUGUUACUGAUUCCGUUUAUGGUGACAAUACUGUUAUUGUUCAAACUCCAGUUAACCCAACUACUACUAUCACCACAUCAUGGGAUGGAUCAUUCACCACCACCACUACUAUUACUGAUUCCGUUUAUGGUGACAACACUGUUAUUGUUCAAACUCCAGUUAACCCAACUACUACUAUCACUACUCCAUGGACCGGUACUUAUACUACCAGUACUACUGUCACUGACUCAGUUUACGGUGACAACACUGUUAUUGUUCAAACUCCAGUUAAUCCAACUACUACUAUCACUACUCCAUGGACCGGUACUUAUACUACCAGUACUACUGUCACUGACUCAGUUUACGGUGACAACACUGUUAUUGUUCAAACUCCAGUUAAUCCAACUACUACUAUCACCACAUCAUGGGAUGGAUCAUUCACCACCACCACUACUGUUACUGAUUCCGUUUAUGGUGACAACACUGUUAUUGUUCAAACUCCAGUUAAUCCAACUACUACUAUCACCACAUCAUGGGAUGGAUCAUUCAUCACCACCACUACUGUUACUGAUUCCGUUUAUGGUGACAAUACUGUUAUUGUUCAAACUCCAGUUAACCCAACUACUACUAUCACCACAUCAUGGGAUGGAUCAUUCACCACCACCACUACUGUUACUGACUCAGUUUAUGGUGACAACACUGUUAUUGUUCAAACUCCAGUUAAUCCAACUACUACUAUCACCACAUCAUGGGAUGGAUCAUUCACCACCACCACUACUGUUACUGAUUCCGUUUAUGGUGACAACACUGUUAUUGUUCAAACUCCAGUUAACCCAACUACUACUAUCACUACUCCAUGGACCGGUACUUAUACUACCAGUACUACUGUCACUGACUCAGUUUACGGUGACAACACUGUUAUUGUUCAAACUCCAGUUAACCCAACUACUACUAUCACUACUCCAUGGACCGGUACUUAUACUACCAGUACUACUGUCACUGACUCAGUUUACGGUGACAACACUGUUAUUGUUCAAACUCCAGUUAAUCCAACUACUACUAUCACCACAUCAUGGGAUGGAUCAUUCACCACCACCACUACUGUUACUGAUUCCGUUUAUGGUGACAACACUGUUAUUGUUCAAACUCCAGUUAAUCCAACUACUACUAUCACUACUCCAUGGACCGGUACUUAUACUACCAGUACUACUGUCACUGACUCAGUUUACGGUGACAACACUGUUAUUGUUCAAACUCCAGUUAACCCAACUACUACUAUCACUACUCCAUGGACCGGUACUUAUACUACCAGUACUACUGUCACUGAUCCAGUAUAUGGUGACAACACUGUUAUUGUUCAAACUCCAGUUAAUCCAACUACUACUAUCACCACAUCAUGGGAUGGAUCAUUCACCACCACCACUACUGUUACUGAUUCCGUUUAUGGUGACAACACUGUUAUUGUUCAAACUCCAGUUAAUCCAACUACUACUAUCACCACAUCAUGGGAUGGAUCAUUCACCACCACCACUACUGUUACUGAUUCCGUUUAUGGUGACAACACUGUUAUUGUUCAAACUCCAGUUAACCCAACUACUACUAUCACUACUCCAUGGACCGGUACUUAUACUACCAGUACUACUGUCACUGACUCAGUUUACGGUGACAACACUGUUAUUGUUCAAACUCCAGUUAACCCAACUACUACUAUCACUACUCCAUGGACCGGUACUUAUACUACCAGUACUACUGUCACUGACUCAGUUUACGGUGACAACACUGUUAUUGUUCAAACUCCAGUUAAUCCAACUACUACUAUCACCACAUCAUGGGAUGGAUCAUUCACCACCACCACUACUGUUACUGAUUCCGUUUAUGGUGACAACACUGUUAUUGUUCAAACUCCAGUUAAUCCAACUACUACUAUCACUACUCCAUGGACCGGUACUUAUACUACCAGUACUACUGUCACUGACUCAGUUUACGGUGACAACACUGUUAUUGUUCAAACUCCAGUUAAUCCAACUACUACUAUCACCACAUCAUGGGAUGGAUCAUUCACCACCACCACUACUGUUACUGACUCAGUUUAUGGUGACAAUACUGUUAUUGUUCAAACUCCAGUUAACCCAACUACUACUAUCACUACUCCAUGGACCGGUACUUAUACUACCAGUACUACUGUCACUGACUCAGUUUACGGUGACAACACUGUUAUUGUUCAAACUCCAGUUAACCCAACUACUACUAUCACUACUCCAUGGACCGGUACUUAUAUUACCAGUACUACUGUCACUGACUCAGUUUACGGUGACAACACUGUUAUUGUUCAAACUCCAGUUAAUCCAACUACUACUAUCACCACAUCAUGGGAUGGAUCAUUCACCACCACCACUACUGUUACUGACUCAGUUUAUGGUGACAAUACUGUUAUUGUUCAAACUCCAGUUAACCCAACUACUACUAUCACUACUCCAUGGACCGGUACUUAUACUACCAGUACUACUGUCACUGAUUCCGUUUAUGGUGACAAUACUGUUAUUGUUCAAACUCCAGUUAAUCCAACUACUACUAUCACCACAUCAUGGGAUGGAUCAUUCACCACCACCACUACUGUUACUGAUUCCGUUUAUGGUGACAACACUGUUAUUGUUCAAACUCCAGUUAAUCCAACUACUACUAUCACCACAUCAUGGGAUGGAUCAUUCAUCACCACCACUACUGUUACUGAUUCCGUUUAUGGUGACAAUACUGUUAUUGUUCAAACUCCAGUUAAUCCAACUACUACUAUCACUACUCCAUGGACCGGUACUUAUAUUACCAGUACUACUGUCACUGACUCAGUUUACGGUGACAACACUGUUAUUGUUCAAACUCCAGUUAACCCAACUACUACUAUCACUACUCCAUGGACCGGUACUUAUACUACCAGUACUACUGUCACUGAUCCAGUAUAUGGUGACAACACUGUUAUUGUUCAAACUCCAGUUAAUCCAACUACUACUAUCACCACAUCAUGGGAUGGAUCAUUCAUCACCACCACUACUGUUACUGAUUCCGUUUAUGGUGACAAUACUGUUAUUGUUCAAACUCCAGUUAAUCCAACUACUACUAUCACUACUCCAUGGACCGGUACUUAUACUACCAGUACUACUGUCACUGACUCAGUUUACGGUGACAACACUGUUAUUGUUCAAACUCCAGUUAACCCAACUACUACUAUCACUACUCCAUGGACCGGUACUUAUACUACCAGUACUACUGUCACUGAUCCAGUAUAUGGUGACAACACUGUUAUUGUUCAAACUCCAGUUAACCCAACUACUACUAUCACUACUCCAUGGACCGGUACUUAUACUACCAGUACUACUGUCACUGACUCAGUUUACGGUGACAACACUGUUAUUGUUCAAACUCCAGUUAAUCCAACCACAAUGAUUACUACAUCUUGGACUGGUUCUUUUACUACCACUGUAACCGAAAGUGAUUCAGUAUAUGGUAAUAAUACUGUAGUUGUCGAGAAUCCAGAAAGUUCUUCAUCUGUUUCAAGUUCUUCAUUUGAUCCAUACACUACUUACACUGUUUAUAUUCCAACUACUAUUGAUGGUGUUGAUCCAACCGAUGUCGGUGUGGUUAUUGUUACUACUAAUUCAGAAGGUAGUUUAUACACCACUACUUCCAUUAUUAGUUAUGCUGACGAACCAAGUAUUUCAUCUAAUAGUUCAUCCACUUCAGCUACUUCGAGUGUUGAAUCAGAUGUUACUUCAAGUCAAUCUUCUUUCGCUGUUUCAACUUCAACAGUCUCCAACACUAGAUCUUCUAGUGAUCAAACAUCAUCUGCUUCUUCAUCGAGUUAUUCAUUGGCUGCUUCUGAUUCAGUUUAUCCCGAAACUGCUUCCACCGCUUCUUCAAGUGAUUCUUCAGUCUUAUCAUCCAGCGAAGUAAUCAGUUCAAGUUCUUCAACUGAAUCUAGUUCAUCUGUUGUUACUUCUUCAUCUGAAUCCAGUUCAUCUGUUGCUUCUUCAACUGAGUCCAGUUCUACUGUUGCCUCUUCAUCUGAAUCUAGUUCAUCUGUUGUUACUUCUUCAUCUGAAUCCAGUUCAUCUGUUGCUUCUUCAACUGAGUCUAGUUCUACUGUUGCCUCUUCAUCUGAAUCUAGUUCUACUGUUGCUUCUUCAUCUGAAUCCAGUUCAUCUGUUGUUACUUCUUCGUCUGAAUCCAGUUCAUCUGUUGCUUCUUCAAUCGAAUCUAGUUCCGCUAUUACUUCAUCAAUUGAAUCUAGUUCUAGUGUUACUUCAUCUGAAUCAAGUUUAAUUUCUGCUUAUGUCGCUUCUAGUUCAAGUCUGUCACACAGUGCUAUUGUGUAUUCAUACUAUUCUAACUCAUCCAGAUCAUAUGAAUCUUCAACCUUAACCAGUUCUGAUCCAGUUUCCACCUUACUUGCCACUGUCCCAAGUAGUUCAUCAUCUUUAUCAUUUUCAACUUCCCUCGGUGAUACUUACAGUAUCUUUGAAUCUUCUACCAGUUCAGUCAUUGAAUCUUCCAGUUCUACUGAAUCAACUUCAGUCGUUGUUGCUAGCACCUCAGGUUCUUCAUCUUCUGAAGCUUCAUCUAGUUCAAGCUCAGUUGAAGAUUCAAGUUCUAGUUCAGUUGCUGAUUCAACUUCUACUUCAUCAUCUUCAUUGAUUGAUGUUACAACUUCAUUAGUUGAUCCAACUACCAGUUCCAAUGAAUAUUCAUCUGCAACAACUUUAUCUACUGUUACUUACAGUUCUACUUCUGCUGCUGGUGUUUCUAACAAUGAUUCAACUACUUCAAGUGAAUCCUCAGAUCCAUCAGUUUCUUUAGAUCCAUCUGUUUCUGAAUCAACUAUUUCAGCUACCACUUCAUCCAUUGCCACUGAAACUUCUUCAACCAACAAUGGUUCAAAGAGUUCCAACAGUGACAAUGAAGAUCCAUCUAAUGUUUCUUCAUCAACAUUCUCCUCAACCACCUUAUCUACUGUUGCUCAAGGUUCAUCUUCAUCAUUAGCUGCUUCUAUUGUCGAUUCUGAUCCAACAUCAUCAUUUACAUCUGCAUCUACUUCUUCUGAAGCUAGUGCUUCAAACUCUCCAAUCUUCACUUAUGAAGGUUCUGCAUCUAUUAAAUCUACACCAACUUUUGUUGUCGUUUUAAUUACUUUCUUAAUUUUAAUGUUCUAA